AUGACUUGGGAGCAAUUUGUUGCGCCACCGAGCACAGAUUGGAGCGAUCCUGCGCGCAAAGGCAGAGACCGAAACUUCAAGAUCGCAAUGGUCACGGUUGACUACCCUGAUUCGCCAUUCGUUGUGACGUUGCCAGCACAGUCUGACAUUUUUGGCAACCCGCAACCUCUGGCUUCUGAUCUAAAGAGAGAAGAUGUGCCAAAUUUUUACAAAGAUCUACUCAAUACGCCGAACGAGCUGAAUCAAGGCCACACGCUUCAUGAGUAUUGGAUGGGCGACAGUUUUGGUAAAUAUGGUGUGGAUUUGACAGUGUUUGGGCCGUACCGCAUGCCUGCGUUAUCUUAUCAAUACGGCGUGGACGAUGAGCGAGGUGGCUUCAAUGAAGACGCUUGCCCGGAAGGACCACCAUGCUCCGUUGAUCUUCGCACCGACGCACUUGGUGCGUGGCGUCGAGAUAUCGGCAACGAGACUGCGAACUCGUAUGAACUUGCUUUCAUCCUCUCAGCUGGUCAGGACGAAUCAUCCACUUGGCAGGAAUUUGGAGAGAUGAAAUUUGCCAGUAGAGACGAUGUGCCAGAUGAGUUCGGCCCACCAGCAAACAGCUCAUUACCAAACUGGGCAGACACUCGAUACGUCGAAUGGACGUCCUGGGCAGCAGCAAGCACAAUCUGGCCCAAUGCUGGAGGCGGCUCUUCAACCCAGGGAGAGAGUGUCUUUGCUAACUGUUUUUCCUUCGUCAGUGGUAUCGGAGACAACUACAAUAACCCAUACAGCGACCCGCCACGCCGCGCUUACACAGGGCCGUUCAGUAUGCUUGACCGCGGUUCUUUCAAUGGUCCCGGAGGCCCUCACACACGCUGGCAGAUCCCACCAGUUCAGGGUGCUUCCAUGGGCUCGCUCCAUACCAUGCGUGACAAGCAUCAGAUUGGGUUGAUUGAUAAUACCCCGAUUCUCCAGAUCUCGCGAUCUGGUCUUGCUGCUUCAGGCCCAGUUGUUGCCGAGCUCACUGCACGCUCUGUGGACCCUGCUGGCGGCUUGAUGGGAUUCAAUAUCAGCUUCGGUACCAGUGGAGAUCUUCAACCGCGUUGCAACAUCUCACUCAACGCAUUCUGCGACGGAGGAAACUACAACAAUUACAACAUGGAGGUCGUAGAUCGGAUGGGCGCCGACUCUUUUGUGCCCGAUAGUGGAGUUAUGAUCUCCAAGACGAAGAACAACGACCGCGCCCAGCCGUUCCAGUGGGUCAUUGAUGCAAACCCAGAGGAUGCACACGUGGUCGACUUCUACUUCCCUAACGGCACUGCGCGCUACUGGUCUAUUGGAGACUACAGGCAAUUGGUCGAUGCAUUGUUCCAUGCCGGGACGAACAGUGGAAGUGAGUACGAGCACGAAGACCUCGCUAAUGGUCUGCAUUUCUACGUCCUUGAUACCAGGCGCGAUGGAGGUGUGCUAAAGUACACCGUUGGGGUCCGCUCUACCGCUACAAACAACACCUUUACAGCGACUCAUGGUGUUGAGGUCAGCGAUGGUGCUGCAGAAGGUUCAUACUGCACUUUUGAGCUCAAGAACACUGGUACCGCCCCGUCAAACACCACAAACGUUCAUCCUCAGGACCUCUCGGCCCAUCUUGGCUCUGAUAUUUAUCGCCUGUCCGUUGAAGUCGAUAGCGAUAGCUGGAAGGUUGGUCUGCCGAACGCUCUUGCCUUCGCAAAGUUUGGGGAGAGCACAUCGGUCAAGGUUGCGUUGGGUGCUGCGACGAACGGCACGUCGUAUGGCGCGAAGGGUGCCAUAGUGAAGCUCACUGCAACUAGCGAGAGUGACUCCAAGCAUUGGGCAAAGAUGCAGCCCUAUAUCAAAGAGUACUAUAUAAAACAAGACCUGACCUUAGAGGAGACCAUGCAAAGGAUUAGCUCAGAGCACGAGUUUGAAGCUACUGAGCAAAUGUACAAAAAGCGACUGAAAGCAUGGGGCUUCACGAAGCAAAUCAAAGCCGAUGAUAAAGAGAAGGUCUUGGCUAAGAUCCUUCAUGGUGAACCAGUUACUGAAGAUAUGGCUGCCGUGCGGAUCGAUAAGGUUUUACGGUACGCGAGAUCACGAAUCAAGUGUGGGGCUUUGAGCGAUCAAUACUUGAGCAAGAUCUCGAAACGAUACAUUGCGGUACCCUGUGCCCGUCCUGCGAAUGUCGAUGUACCGUCUGUGCCACGCUCUCCAGAUUAUCCCGGUCGAUUCGCGCAAUUCGACGUGUUCCUUCGUGCAAUGCAGGCCAUCAUAGAAAGAGAGCGCGGAGAAUACUUCUCUGGGUAUCAGUCCGCCCCAGACACUAUAUUCUGCGCACUGACCAGGGGGAUGGCUCUCUGGCACAGGAAUGACUUCGCCGCAGCUCGCAUCUCGUUCGCCCAGGCAGCUAACAACACAAUGGAAGAUCUCCGGCGACCUAAAGUGUCUGUCUCGCGUAUAGCGUACUGUAUAAGCUCAAUUCUCUGGGGAAAAGAGCGCGCUCCUGUUUUCCAAAGGUUCGCUGAGUUCUUGGUAAAGGCGGCGACUGAAGUGUUGGGGCCAGGAUGUCCAUUGACGGUAGUGCUGAAAUACAUAAGACAUGAACAGAGCAUAGAUUCGCAGGUUACUAUUUGGGAAUCUGCCUUGGCUGGCUAUGCAGCCACCGAAGGCAACUUGGACCACUGGUGGAAUAUGGCGCAGCGGAGGUGGCAGUGGUGUUGGCGAAGUGGCAAGUUGGACCUCGCUGGACAAUUUUGCAGUCAGGCUUUGAUCGAAGCGCGCCAGAUUUCAAGGUUCACUGCUGAGAUGGAAGCUGGGGCAUUGCAUGAUCUUGAUCUGAUCAUGCUUCAAGAAAAGAGCUAG